AUGGGAAAGAAACGGACAAAGGGAAAAACUGUUCCAAUUGAUGAUUCUUCUGAAUCUUUAGAACCUGUGUGCAGACACAUUAGAAAAGGAUUGGAACAAGGUAAUUUGAAAAAAGCUUUAGUGAAUGUGGAAUGGAAUAUUUGCCAAGAUUGUAAGACGGACAAUAAAGUAAAAGAUAAACCUGAAGAAGAAACAGAAGAAAAUCCUUCAGUUUGGCUGUGUCUUAAAUGUGGCCAUCAGGGCUGUGGCAGAAAUUCUCAGGAGCAACAUGCUUUGAAGCACUACCUGACACCACGAUCUGAACCUCAUUGCCUGGUUCUUAGUUUGGACAACUGGAGUGUAUGGUGUUACCUAUGUGAUGAUGAAGUCCAGUAUUGUAAUUCAAACCGAUUGGGUCAGGUGGUUGAUUAUGUUAGAAAACAGGCUGGUAAUACAACUCCAAAAUCAGCAGCAAAAGAUAAUGGUAAUAUUGAACUUGAAAAUAAAAAGCUAGAAAAGGAGAGUAAAAAUGAGCAAGAGAGAGAAAAAAAGGAAAACAUGGCGAGAGAAAAUCCUUCCAUGAAUUCGACUUCCCAAAUAACUGUGAAAGGACUCAGUAAUUUGGGAAAUACAUGUUUCUUCAAUGCAGUUAUGCAGAAUUUGUCACAAACACCAGUGCUUAGAGAACUACUGAAAGAAGUAAAAAUGUCUGGAACAAUUGUAAAAAUUGAACCACCUGAUUUGGCACUAACAGAACCCUUAGAAAUAAAUCUUGAGCCUCCAGGCCCUCUUACGUUAGCCAUGAGCCAGUUUCUUAACGAGAUGCAAGAGACCAAAAAGGGAAUCGUGACACCUAGAGAACUCUUUUCUCAGGUCUGUAAAAAAGCAGUGCGAUUUAAAGGCUAUCAGCAACAGGACAGUCAGGAGCUGCUUCGCUAUCUAUUGGAUGGAAUGAGAGCGGAAGAACAUCAGAGAGUGAGUAAAGGAAUUCUUAAAGCAUUUGGUAAUUCUACUGAAAAAGUGGAUGAAGAACUGAAAAAUAAAGUUAAAGAGUAUGAAAAGAAAAAAUCAGUACCAAGUUUUGUGGACCGAAUAUUUGGUGGUGAGCUGACUAGUACAAUUAUGUGUGAUGAAUGCAGAACUGUCUCCUUGGUUCAUGAAUCUUUCCUUGAUUUGUCUCUACCGGUUUUAGAUGAUCAGAGUGGUAAGAAAAGUAUGAAUGAUAAAAAUCUGAAAAAGACAAUGGAAGAUGAAGAUAAAGAUAGUGAGGAAGAAAAAGAUAAUGACAGUUACUUAAAGGAGAGAAACGAUAUUCCUUCAGGAACAAGCAAGCACUUACAGAAAAAAGCAAAGAAACAAGCCAAGAAGCAAGCCAAGAACCAACGAAGACAACAGAAAAUUCAAGGGAAAGUUCUUCAUUUAAAUGAUGUCUAUGCCAUUGACCAUCCUGAAGAUAAUGAAUGUGAAGUUGAAAUGUCACUUCAGGGAGAAGCAGAUAUUAAAUCCAACCAUCUCUCUCAAGAGGAAGUUGCACCUAAAGAAUAUUGUGUUAAUCAGAAAGAUUUGAAUGGCCAUGAAAAAAUGAUAGAAAGUAUAACUGACAAUCAAAAAUCUACAGAGGAAGCAGAUAUGAAAAAUAUCAGUGUGGAUAAUGAUCUGGAGGUUUUGGCAUUGUCUGCCACUGAAUGUCCUAGGAAUUUAAACGGUGCCUACCUGAAAGACGGGAGCAAUGGAGAAGUGGACAUUUCCAGUGGUUUUGAGAACCUUAAUUUGAAUGCUGCUCUGCAACCUGAUGAAAUAAAUAUAGAGAUUCUGAAUGAUGACCCUACUUCCGGGACGAAGGUAUAUGAGGUUGUAAACGAAGAUCCAGAGACUGCUUUCUGUACACUCGCAAAUAGGGAGGCUUUCAACACCGACGAGUGUUCAGUCCAACAUUGUUUGUAUCAGUUCACUCGAAACGAGAAACUUCGAGAUGCUAAUAAACUGCUUUGUGAAGUGUGCACGCGGAGACAGUUGAGUGGACCAAAGGCAAAUAUGAAAGGUGAAAGGAAGCAUGUUUAUACCAAUGCUAAGAAGCAGAUGCUAAUUUCUCUUGCUCCUCCAGUUCUCACUCUUCAUUUCAAGAGAUUUCAGCAGGCUGGUUUUAACCUACGCAAAGUUAACAAACACAUAAAAUUUCCAGAAAUCUUAGAUUUGGCUCCUUUUUGUACCCUUAAGUGUAAGAAUGUUGCUGAAGAACAUACACGGGUACUGUAUUCCUUAUAUGGAGUCGUUGAACACAGUGGUACCAUGAGGUCAGGGCAUUAUACCGCCUACGCCAAGACAAGAACUGCAAACACUCAUCUCUCUAACCUUGUUCUCCACGGUGAUAUUCCACAAGAUUUUGAAAUGGAGUCAACCAAAGGGCAGUGGUUUCACAUCAGCGACACGCACGUGCAAGCUGUGCCUACAGCUAAAGUACUGAAUUCACAGGCUUACCUCCUAUUUUAUGAGAGAAUACUAUAA